CUCGUUAACGGUUGUGAUCGAUCGCAAGUUCACUGAUUCACAAAAUAAUAUUACGAAAUUAUAUUUCGGUAUUUUAGCGCAAAAAAAAGUGAAAAUAAAUAAAAUUGAUACGCAUUUUUUUGUGUGAGAUCAGCGCAAAAUUUAUUUUGGUUAUUACCUCCUCUCCCCCUCAACUUUAAUUUUUCUAUAAUUUUUAACAAAAUAAAACAACAUAGUAAAUAAUGUGGCCUGAAAAUGUUGGUAUUUUAGCCAUUGAGGUAUUAUUUCCCUCACAAUAUGUGGAUCAAACGGAAUUGGAACAAUUCGAUGGUGCCUCAGCGGGUAAAUAUACCAUUGGUUUGGGUCAAGCCAAAAUGGGUUUCUGUUCCGAUCGUGAAGAUGUCAAUUCCCUGUGUCUAACGGUGGUCAAUCGUCUCAUGGACAGACAUCAAAUCAAAGCCGGCGAUAUCGGACGUUUGGAAGUAGGCACUGAAACAAUUGUGGACAAAUCGAAAUCGGUUAAGUCGGUGCUAAUGCAAUUGUUUGCCGACAGCGGAAAUACCGAUAUUGAAGGUAUUGACACCACAAAUGCCUGUUAUGGUGGUACAGCAGCUUUAUUUAAUUCCAUCAAUUGGAUUGAGUCCUCCUCUUGGGAUGGACGUUUAGCUUUAGCCGUUUGUGCGGAUAUAGCAGUGUAUGCUAAGGGUGCUGCGCGACCCACCGGUGGUGCUGGUGCUAUAGCCAUGCUAGUUGGACCAAAUGCUCCAUUAGUGUUUGAAAGAGGCCUCAGAGCUUCACACAUGGAACAUGCUUAUGAUUUCUAUAAACCCGACUUAAGUUCAGAAUAUCCAACUGUAGAUGGUAAACUAUCGAUACAGUGUUAUUUGUCGGCUUUGGACACCUGCUAUCAAUUGUAUCGCAAGAAGUUUGAUAAACUCAAUCCCUCAGCGGAGUCACAAGGUUUGGACAAUUUUGAUGCCAUUAUUUUCCAUACUCCCUUCUGCAAAUUAGUACAAAAAUCUGUGGCCAGAUUAGUAUUCAACGAUUUCCUGCUGACGGCGGACGAAACAACGAGAGCCAAACAAUAUCCUGGUCUAGAGAAGUUCAAUACUGCCACACUGGCUUCAACGUACUUUGAUCGUGAUGUUGAGAAGUCUUUUAUGACACAAUUCGCCAAUGUUUUCGAUGAAAAAACUAAGAAAUCUCUACUUUUAUCCAAUCAAGUGGGCAAUAUGUAUACACCUUCCGUGUAUUCUGGUCUGGUUUCAUUGCUGGUCAAUGAAAGCCCCGCAAAUUUGGUGGGCAAACGUAUUGCUGUGUUUUCGUAUGGUUCCGGUUUGGCCGCCUCUAUGUACUCGAUUAAAGUGACCUCAAAUUCCGAUGUCUUCCAGAAAUUCGUCGAAAAAUUAGAUUAUGUUUUGCCUUUGUUGAAUUCACGCGAAAAGGUAGAACCCCAGGUAUUCUCCGAACUGAUGGAGGUGAGAGAGAAAAAUAAUCAUGCUGCACCCUAUACGCCUUCGGGUAGCAUUAGCGCCUUAUUCCCGGGCACCUACUACCUCAAGAGUGUUGAUGAAAUGCAUCGACGUACUUAUGAACGCACACCAACCAUCUCGAAUGGUGUACAUUAGGAACAAACAAUACUUGUACUUGAAAGUGAAAAAGAACAAAGCGUAUAAAAUUAGCUUUAUAAACAGAAUAUAAUAAUUGAAAAUGCAGGGGAUGUUUGAAAAUGUUUGGGCUUUUUUCUAUUAAUGUUCGGAACAAAAAUAUCGUUUAGAAAAGUUGUGUGAAAAACAUUCAGUUUCUAAAAUACUUUUAAGUAAUAUUUAUUCAUGCAGAUUUUCAACACGAAUAUUUUGUGCGGAACAGCCAGUAAAUCAAACAUAAAUUAAGAUGUUUUCUCUCUAAU